CCCGGUUCCUCCUCCUUAUUGGUCAGGUGGAGCCGUUACCUCACUCCGGGGCCGAUGACGCAGCGUCUUCACGUAUCCUUCAUGUGCGUCUCUUCUUGUUUCUUAUUGAGUCUUGCGGUCGGUGAGAGGGAGAAAAGCGGGAUUCGCGACAAGCCGAGAGUGUCGGACGGACCGGGUGCGCUCGAUACUAAACACUUCCCAUCCCGGGAGGAGAGCGGCGCACAAGAGCAGCCUCUCUGUGCCCGUGAGUGUCUCUCUCCCUCUCUCUCCCCACACUUUCUCUAUGAGCCUCUCUCUCUCGCUCUCUCUCACUCACUCUCUCCUUCUCUCUCUUUCCUCUUGCGCACACACGCACGCACGCGCACGCACGCUCUGUAUACGUCUCCACUUUGCCGUAGUAAAUUACGCAUUGAUCUGAACGGCGAGUGCGGAUCUGUCUCUUGUGUUCGCCCUUUCUUCGACGGACAGACUUCGAGACGCGCUCGAGAAACAAGAGGCUCCUGCACUCGUUUAUCCAGUGUGCGUAUGAGAACCCCUGGUCAUGUCUGUUUAGCUGCCCUGCGUGAUGCCUGAUCAUGACAGUACCACCCUCCUAACCAGACAGACCAAGCGGCGACGUGUCGACAUCGGGGUGAAAAGGACUGUGGGUAGCGCGAUAUUCACCCGCGCCAGAGAAACCCUUCUUGACAGCAUGAACCAAUCGCACGGCCCCGAUCAGGAAGGAGACUGCUCAUUGGUCAGUCACGGCCAUGGGGGUACCAAUGGUGACGGAGAGAAGUCCAAUGUUCUUAGGAAAUUGCUAAAGAGAGCCAACUCCUAUGAAGAUGCCAUAAUGCCUUUCCCCGGUGCUACCAUCAUCUCUCAAUUACUGAAGAAUAACAUGGGAAAGAAUGGAGGCAGUGACUCCGGUUUCCAGGGAAGUGGAGCUCUGUCCAGUGGUGGCUCGGAGAUCCAGGCUGAAGAUGCAUGCAGUAACUCCUCCCGUGACAGGGACAGUCCAUCUGACUGCCUCUCCCCUGGACCUCCUCUACCCCCUCCACCCUCUUCCUCCUCCUUUGGACGACCACCGCCUCCUUCAAACCUCAACUCCCACGCUCCCUCUCAGCCGCUGUCCCUGUCCACCUUUGACCUGGACAGACUCUCAGACGAGCACCUCCGUGCGAAGCGAGCCCGCGUGGAGAACAUUAUUCGUGGCAUGAGUCAUUCGCCGUUGGUCCGGCCCGGCGCAGGUGACCACAACCAAGACAGCAACCGCGACAACGAAAACAGCAGCAACAACAGUAACAGCAGUAAUGACCCCAGAGUGGACGGCAACAGCCACAACCACAGCCGGAGCGAAUGCCCUUCUUCGCUCCUGAGCUCACCGGGUUCACGUGGUGGUGUGGUCGGUGUGGGUGAGGUUUACCGAGAGAAUAAGAGAAAGCAACGCCUGCCACAGCAGCAGCACAGCUUCACACAGCUGGUGUGUUCAAGACAAGAGCAGAGGCAGGAAGAGAGACGGCAGCUCAAACUACAACUAGAAGACAUGCAGAAACAACUACGCCAACUUCAGGAGAAGUUCUACCAAAUCUAUGACUCAGAGACUGAGGAAGACGAGGAGAAUGGUGAGGGUGGAGACGCUGACCGUGGAGGAGACAGAGAGGAAGAUGGCAACCUGUCGGAGGACAGUAUCCGCUCAGACGGCCUAGAGGAAAGGCACAGGGACAGAGGGCGCCACAGCCAUGACGACCUGUCAGAGCUGGACCCGGGUCUUUUCCUGGACCGGGCCCGGGCCCUCCUCCGAGAACAGGCCCUGAUGGACGGAGAGAUGGAGGAUGACACCGACGGCAGGGAAGAGGAGGAAAGGAAUGGAGAGAGGGUGAUGAAGAGAAGAGGAGGGGCCGGAGGAGGUGGAAGGCAGUUAGCGGAGACACUGAAGCAGGAGCUGAACUGUGCCGUGUCGCAGGUGGUCGACACUGUGGUUAAAGGGUUCUCCUCUCCCAAACAGGCCGCCGGUCACCAUCAUGGCUGCCACAGCAGCACGCCAGCCGCCCCGUCUUCUUCCUCAAACUCCUCCUCCUCCUGUCCUCCACCGUUUGGUCCCCUUCCCUCUCUGACCCCAGACUCACGAUUUGGCGGCGGCGCCUUAGCACUUAGCCUGAACGGCGACGGCAGCCCCACUCCAAACUAUCACGCUUCCAACCAGAGGCUGCACUGCUUCGGUGACGUCAUCGUCCCCAGCCCGCUGGAUUCGUUCAGCGGUUUGAGUGGCAGACUGAGCGGUGUCCCAACACCCAAUGACCAAACAGAAGCACUGCCGCUGGUUGUGCGCAAAACUGGAGGAGGAGGUGGACCAGAAAAUACCAACUCCUCUCUUCCACCUCCUCCUCCUCCUCACCAUCCCUCGCUUCAUCCUUCUCCACUCACGGCCUCGCUUGGUUUUAGCCCUCCAUCUUUCCGCCACCCUUUCCCACUCCCUCUCAUGGGUUAUCCUUUUCAGAGCCCACUGGGGUCACAUGGGGCCGGGGCAGGCUAUCCUCCAGGGCCCAAAGACCACCAUCGGUCCUCGCCUGAUUCCAUGGACAUGACCAGGGAAACCAUCAGCCUCAGAACCAAAAUGGCCUCACUAGGAGGAGGCCAUCUCAGUCACCAUCACCACAGGCAGAGCUCCCCGAGCCAACACGGGCCUGAAGGUCUGUCGUUGUCCCUCAUCAAAUCUGAGUGUGGGGACCUACAAGACAUGGCUGACAUAUCGCCAUACUCAGGCAACACUAUUCAGGAGGGCUUAUCUCCAAACCACCUGAAGAAAGCCAAGCUGAUGUUCUUCUACACCCGUUACCCUUCCUCCAACAUGCUCAAAAUGUACUUCGCCGACGUCAAGUUCAAUCGCUGCAUCACCUCCCAGCUGAUCAAGUGGUUCAGCAACUUCAGGGAGUUCUACUACAUCCAGAUGGAGAAGUUUGCACGGCAGGCCAUCAACGAAGGUGUGACUGGAGCUGAGGAGAUGACCGUGGGCCGCGAUGCCGAGCUCUUCAGGGCGCUCAACAUGCACUACAACAAAGCCAAUGACUUUGAGGUUCCUGAUCGAUUUCUGGAGGUGGCCCAAGUGACUCUCCGCGAGUUCUUCAAUGCCAUCGUGGCUGGAAAGGAUGCGGACCCAUCCUGGAAAAAGGCCAUCUACAAGGUGAUCUGCAAACUGGACAGUGAGGUUCCUGACAUCUUCAAAUCUCCAAACUGUCUACAAGAACUCCUCCAUGACUGACUAGGACGAGGGAGGAAACAAGGAAAGCAAGACAAACCUCCAAGGACCAUUCGAAGACUAUGAGAAAACGCCUCCAGACGUGUAAUGUUAGACUUUGUAGAGGUCUUGACAUGCAUUUGAAGGUUUGACUUGAUAACGCAAUGCACAGACAUGAAGUGGUUCUACUCGGAGGCUCCUGGAGGGGUUUGUUGAGGGUUGUUUUCUGCUCAGCUCAUCUCUUUAAGACUAAAAAAAAAGCCCUCGAUGCAUUUAAAAAGAUAGUCCUCUGGAACAAGGCUGGGACCUUAGAGUCAGAUGAUGCUCAAAUUAACAAUUGUUUUAAGACUUUUAUGAAUUAAAAGCAAAACAGCGAAAUUUGAACCUCCUUGCACUUACAGAAAAGCUCCUCCUCCUUUGUCUUCACCUCGCUCUUCAUCCCUCUGCGGUGGAUGAAGAUGAUGAUGGAUCAAUCUUCAGCCCACAGUCUGGAGUCAGGAGAGAACUAGAAAUGAAGAAAAUAUAUAAAUAUCUUUUUAUUGUGGAUGUUUUUAAGUUACUUGGACAUUUUUGAAAAAAAAAAAAGUGAUGUUUCUGUAUUUUUUCUCCUUUGUAUAAGCUUACAGCCUCUCUUCUACGAACCCUCAGUCACUCACAUAGCUGCACACACAGAACCACGAGCACACACACUUACACUUAUACGCACCUCGUGAAUAGAAAAGCACAGUAGCAUUCCCAAAUCCUCACCUGAACCCAGACAAACUGGGCAUAAAAACAAACUUAGUUGUUGUUUAUCCCCUUCUUUUUUCACUCUUCUUACUGUACUGAGACUUACUGGGUGUUUGUUUUGACUGUGUGGCUCUCCCUGCCCCGACUCUUCCUUGGCUGCCCCUCUCGGCCCAUGUUUUAUUCAGGCACCCAGAGCAUUAAAGACAACAUUUUAGAACUUUACUUAUGGUGUAGCAGCGAAACACAACUGGCAGCUGCAGUCCAAACUAGAAAAAACAUUUUAGUAACACACUCAUUGUCGAAGGUAGAGUUUCUGAUACUGGGCAUUGAUAUUUUUAGAUUAAACAUGUGAUUUAUUUGUUCCAUACACACACAUCUGUUUAAUGAGCAACCCUUUACAUUUCUUAUCAAAUAUGUAUGACUGAAUUAUGCACUGAGUAGAUUUUAGAGGUAAAACAUGAGUUUGUCAGUGCUCUCUAGUGGACAAACCAUGUAAUGGAGACACUUCUCAUAACUUUAAACAGUUGAUCCUCAGUGUUGUUACUUAUUUUAACAGGGAUAUAUAUGUGUGAUAGGCCAAUAUCAGGCUCAACUACAACAGCACUGAUACAGGACUGGACACUUGGCACAAUUAAUUUUACUUUUUGAAAAUAUUCAAAAUCCUAAUCGGCAAGAUUUACCUUUGUAUGUUUUUUUGAUGAAAUGUGGGUCUAAUGUGUGUAAAUAACUGUUGUUGAUAGUGUUUGCAGAGUCAAACUUGACUCUGCUGUCAUUACCACACGUUACAAACACAAACAAAUGAUCCUGUGGUUCUGUGAGAGAAACAAAUGCUAAUAUGAUUCAUUUUUUUUAUGUAAGUACUGGAAGAAGCGUUCAUACCUGCUUUCCCUUAUGAACGCUGAAACUGUAAGUCGUCAGAGGUAAUCGAACCACUUUUUGAGAUUUUUCUAUGUGCUCUGGGAGGCUGAGAGGGGCAGCUCCACCGGCCACAUCAUGUGUGAAGUGUUUAAGGAUUUAACAGCAGAAAAAAA